AACCCCAGACCCCCCUUCCCCUCCCUCCCGUUUCACCUCACCUCCCCCUCCCUGCUCAGGCUACAGACGGAGUGAGUUAUGCAGUCCUUUCGUGAGCGCAACAGUGGUUACCACAGCAACCAACCCUGCUAUCAGCAGGAGCCCCAUGAAUUAUCUCGCCUGGAGACCUACCGGCAACACCCACAUCAUCCCCAUCCGCAGCAUCCACACCCAGGCCCUGGUCCACAUCCAGGCCCUGGCCCCGGGCACAACAGGUCAGGCUAUGAGGCUAUGUCUAACGCAGCAAACGUGCCCACAGGUGGAGCAGCUGGGAUCGGAGGACCCAAGGACUGUUACAGCCAACCAAACUAUUCUGGGUACCCAGGAAGUACUGGAGGCAGUGGAAAUGGAAAUGGGAGCUCAUCAGCCUCACAGGCAAAAAAAUCCUUUAGAGGAAGCAAAGUUCCUCCACCAAACCCCAGUCAACACCUGCAGGGCCCUGGAGGCUAUAGUAAUCACAUGGGCCCAGGAAAUUAUUCCACUCAGUACAUGAGCGAGAGCCAUCUCCAGCAGAAAUGGGAGGACCCUGCACAGUUAGCACAGUAUGAACAGGAGAUGGUGGGGCGACUGGAGGCUGGUGCUUCCCCUGCACCUGGAUCCUCCCAGUACAUAGACUCAAACAUGUUGGGGCACUCCCAAACCCCAUGCCACCAGCCUUCUACCCCAAGUUACACAAGUCCACACCAUCAGCCUCACCCUCCUAACCCUGCUCCCUCACCUCUCAUGUAUCCCCAAAGUCACCUACACUACCCACAGCCCUCACCCUCUCCAUCCCCAUACAUGGAAAAAUGCAGUCCCAUGCCCCAUUGUUAUAAAGGCUACAACAUACCUCCAAAUUCUCAAUAUAGCAGACAGCUAAGUAGUCAUAGCAGUUUGAAGCAGGGGACUUACAGGUCAACCCAGAACAGCUAUGGGUACCAGCAGUCAACACCCAGAGGUUAUGAGCAGCAGACCUCUUUACAGGCAAUGACCAACCCCCAAGAGCCCCACCCUAAGUACCAACACUAUAACCAACCCCAACAAAAUUACUGUCUGUCAGAGCUCCCUGUCAGAUCUCCAGAACAAUAUUAUCAGACUUGCAGCCCCUCCUCGAGUCAUUCCCCUGCUCGCUCUGUCGGACGCUCGCCCUCAUACAGCUCCACCCCUUCACCACUGAUGACUAAUCCAGAAUCAUUCCAGUACGGCCAACCACCAAUGACACCUGGGGCAGCCUCGUCGUCGUCAUCCUCUUCAGCUGGUAUGCAAGAUCAAGCCAGCGCAAACACCAUGCUAAUGCCCCCGCGGUCCCACCCUUCGCCCAACAUAUCCCACACGACGUCCCACAGCUACACUUCGACGCCACAAGCGCCCACAAUGAAAGAGCGCUUCUCGGAGAAGCUGUUGUCAAACCCCAGCUUGUGGAGCCUGAACGCUCUCACCUCUCAGGUGGAGAAUAUCUCCAAUAAUGUCCAACAGCUCCUGCUUUCAGAAGCCCUGGUUGCAAACAAGAAGGGCGGCAAGCGCAGCAGUGGUGGGAGCAACAGCAGCACUGGAAGUGGGGCCUCCACCAAGAAAGGUGAAGAAUACAAAAGCCCUCCAUAUCCAGACAGUGGUGGCAAUGUGGGCGGGGUCCCCAUGCAUGAACCUUACUCUACCCCACAGCACCAACCAUUGCCUAUGGAACUCCAUGAGGGUGGCUACUCCAGCAGCAGUGAUGAACCAUUGGACAGAGGUUUCUAUUACUUUGGCCAGGGUAGAAGUCCAGCCCAGGCUCACAACAACACACAACUCAGCUUGGACACAGCCUCCUCUUGCUCCAUUGCUUCUCCAGAUGAUAUGUCUACUAGGUCUGGGGACUCGGGUCUGCACAACCUUACCCCAGAUCCUAUAAGAUGCACGGCAGGGCAAGGAGGAGAUGGCAUGAAUACCCCAGGGAAGAGCAUCGGUGAUGAGAGAUCUCCAACAAGCAUUACAAUACCAAGUCCUAUGAAACAAGAAAGUGAUUCCCCAUCAGACAUACAACACAUCAAUCAGCCUGUAAAGGAAAACUUUGAAGAGUCAGCUUGGACUGAAAAACCUGCAGGAAAAGAAGAGGAAGCAAUGGAUAAAACUCUUGAUUUUAUAAGUAAUUCAGACUCAAACAACCCUACAGAGAAGCAAGAGAAAUGGACAGAUGAGGAAAAAUGCCCAAAUUUCUACAGCAAAAUAAACACGAACAUGGCAGAAAAAGGCUAUUGCUAUGAAGACACAAUGUACCAAGAGGUCCAGAGCAAAUAUGACUCAGAUGCAAGAGAUUCAGUUGAACAAUCCCCGGCUGAUCUCUCUGAUUCCAGUAACAAAGAUCACUUUAGUCAAGAGAUGAAGUCAGAGGUAUUCAAGUCUGAAUCUCCAACUGCAUCCGAGAGCUCUGUGAAAACGUUGCCGUUCAUUUCAAGAGGAGACCUUGAGCAGGAUCCAUAUUCCACAGAGAAAGACGACAGUUCGGCAAAUACCUCUCCAACCCCACGAACUGAAGUCCUGGAAGAGUCUAGCUGUGACAAGAAGGAGAGCAGAACUCAGGAGAAUGACAAAGACAUGGACAGGGAAGAGGAUGAGAUAAAUGAAGAUGAGAAAGAAGAAAUUGAAAAAUGUUCUUUUUCACAGCUUUUGUCUAAAGAAGUUAGGGAGGAAGAAGAGGAGGAGGAGAAAGAAAGUCAGUCAUUAACUGAAGAGCACACAAAUGACGAAGACAUCCAAAUGAGUCCUUCUGAAGAUCUCUGCAGCAGAACAGAAAUCCACAAUUUAGCUCUUAACACCGACAGUGAUUUGCCAGGGGGACCCGGUCUUCUUAAUGCAGCAGCAGCAACGACAGCAACAGAUGUUUCAACAAGGGAGUCAGCCAUUGGCGACACAGCACCUCAGCCACAGUCUGCUAUGCCAGUCUUCUCUGCUCUCAAUGAUAAGGCAGCUCCUCCGGCUCAGGCUAGAGAUCAUAUUGAUCACAGCGAUGCUAAGGUCCUGGAGCCAGACUCUCCUCAGCUGCCAGGGAAGUCAAUACUUCCCUCUGCCCCAUCCUGGGCUGACACUCCACCAUCUCCUCAAAAAGGGGAUGAUGAUAUAGAACCAGGCAUAAGUUGUUCCAGUGCAGUGACACCACUAGCUAAACCAGAGCCCAUGGUUCCAUCCGCUCAGCCAAGGACAUACGGGCGUAAGCAUGUUAGGGGUAGAAGGAGAAUCAUACAUUCAGGUGUGGCAUUAAGGCGACAACUGAGCUUGAAGAAGGAGGAAGAAAAGGAAGACAAAGAAACAAAUUCCUCUCAGCAAAAAUUGAGCAUGGCUCCAAGCAAGACUGUUUUAUUCUCAGAUCAAACUAACCUUGCUCAUCAGGAUUCUAUGAUGAGCCAGACUCCUAAAAUGCUGACAGAGGGUUUUCAAUCCAGAAUGUGCACUCGCUCUUUUAAUGCGCCAGAUAUCCAAACAAAAGUUGAACCUAAUGUAAAGAGAAAACCAGGCCCAAAACCUGGACCUAAGACAGGGUCAAAACCCAGUGCAAAACCAGGGCCUAAGCCAGGUGCUAAGCCUGGUCUAAAGGCAGGUCCCAAACCUGGACCAAAACCUGGGAAAAAGACAGGACAAAAGCCUGCGCCACAUGAAUCAGAAGUGCCAUUGAAAAUUGAAACUGUUGUAAGGCACAAACCAGGGCCAAAACCAGGUUCAAAAUCUGGACCAAAACCAGCCCUAAGACCAGGUCCAAAACCUGGACUCAAACCUGCUGAGGUUUUGCCUCCUACUGAGGCUGCUCCCAUCAAAGCUCCAGUUGGUCGCCCCAGGGGCUCAAUUUCAAAAACAAAAUUGAUGGACCGGGAAGAUCCAAGACAAGAAGUCCCAGAAAUGCAAAGCAGGACCAGGAAAGCUCUAAAACAUGCAACACUGCAAUAUAACCAAGAUGGAAGAUCUCCUACAGAGGAAAAGCAAUCUCUCCCAGAAAUAAAGGUACAAGAAAGGGAAAACAACAAUAUGGUCUUAAGAUCCAGAAAACCCUCACAGGAUAAGCUAACAAAAGAAAAGGAAAGGGGAGGGGAAGAUAUUCAAACUUCAACACCAACAGAAAAUAAAAUCAGUGAUAUCUCUCUAAAGGUUAAAGAGGUCAUAGUUGUGAAAAAACUGCUAACUCCAAAUCCUGAUGCCAUGAUAACAACAAAUGUUUCCCUACACUCACCCGUGCCACUUGCAAAGCCAGUCCUCUCUGAAGAAUCUAAAGAAAAGACAUUAUCAAUACUGAAGCGUUCAUCUAGCCCAGACAUUUCCACACCCCCUGUAAAAAAGAAGAGAGGUCCAAAGCCCAAACUAAGAAACUUACCAUCUCAGUCAGUCCUGUUUGAAGAGACUCUACCAGCACGCAAAGACAAAAGUGUCCGAGGCCCCAGAAGAAAGCGAGGACCACCCAGGAAAGCUUCUCUGGUUUGUGCCUCAACAAAAGAUGCUCCUCCUAACAGCAGUGGAUCUACCAACAGUGACGUGCCUGUGGUGCCUCCUCAGUGCCCCACCAAAACAAAAGUUCUCCCUCCACGCAAAGGAAGAGGGCAGAAAUAUGAGGCAAUGGUACAGAAGAUUACAUCUCCCAGCUCAAAAAAACACUUCCUAGCUACCCAACAAGAGAGUAGUCUAAGUGAGGAUUUUACAUCGAAGGCUUUUUCUGAAUUUGUCUUUAAGGAAGGUGAGGCUUUUAUUCAAAUAAAUAACACAGAGACACUAGAGUUUACAAAGGAGGAAAUGAAAGAGCAAGAAGAAGCAAUGGUAAUGGAGGACGUUACACAACAAGGCGGCAAGCAUGAGCUAAGUCAAGAGGAAUCAGCAAAAGAUAUAGUGAGACCAUCAGUGGAAGAUGAGGUGACAAAUAAGAAUUAUGGAAGACAAGAAAAAGGUAAAACAGAAACCAAGAUGGAGGUUGCUGACAAUAAGGCUUCGUCUUCAACAGAGACAUGGUUAGAAGUUGGAACUCUAGAUGAGAGGACACAACAGACUUCCAAGAGUGAUGCCACAAAGUCUGUCAGAACGAAGAGAAAGAGAUGGGCCAUGGUGGAAAGUACAGAUGCGUCCGUGGUGGCUUUGGAAGCAGACAGCCUCAUUAUUACAACACCAAGACUUGCUAAACAGAGAGCCAUUAAGAACAACCAUGAAAUGCACCUUAAACAGAGGAGGAAGAAGAGAAAGGGCGAAGCCAAUUUAGAGGAAACCGAGAAAGUAGAUGAGCUCAUCACAACAGAAACGCCAGAACCUGUGGAAAGAAUAGAGGAAAAAGUCACCACCACAGAGUCCACAAAGUCCACAGAACCUCUACCAACUAACGAGGAUAAAUUCACAGAAACCCCCCAAGCCAUCUCUGCAGAACUUAUUCAAAAACCUCGCAGAGGCCGAAAACCAUCCGCAAACCCAACUAAACAAAAAAGAAGCCAAGCCUCAAUGGAGCAUGCUCCUGGGAAGCCAGUGAAGAUCCACAAAAAACCUGGGCCAAAACCUGGAAUGAAAGAUGCCAUUGAGGUAAUUGAGGCAGUUGUAAGGGCAGCCGGAUGUGAGCAGGACCAAAAAGAGGAAAGAGCAAAAGAAGAAAGAGAAAAAAGAGAACGAGAGAACAUAGAAAGUGAAGAGACUAGUAUUGUGGGUCCUGUGGUGACCGUUACAGAAAAGCAGAUGGAGUUCAUCUCUGUGAAAAGAAUCAGAAGGAGACCAAUCAACAGGAAUUCCAAACUGUCUUUUUGUCCUUAUGUACGGAUCAACAACUCUAGAGACUUUUCUUCUUGGUGUGCCAUAGUCAACAAGCCUGAAGAUGCUGUUGUGUUUCAGAGACGGAGAAAAAAGGGCAUACUUAGAAUGAGGAAUCCUUUCACAGUUGCUAAAGCAGUGCCACACACUGCUGCCAUGCAACUAGGACCAUUGGUAAACACAAACCUAUCUGACAUGCGUCUUACGUGUUGCUUAUGUGGGAAACCACCAAACUACAAAGACCUGGGUGAUUUGUGUGGACCAUACUACACAGAAGAUAGCAUUCCACGGAAAAUUUUGACUAUCACACAUACGCAACUCUUCAGGGAAGACGGCAGCAAGACCCACAGGAAUGACAGUAACAGCAGUGAAGAACCGGGGACUUCUUCAAAGACUGAAGAUAGAGUGAACUCAGAAAAGGAGGAAAGUACAGAAGCUACCACUGAAGAGGCUGGAAACAGCAGGCACCAUCACCGGCACUACAGGCGGCUACUGAGACCGGAAAGACCGUGUCAGGAAGGUGGUCCGAGAAGAGUUACCCUCAGAGAGAGAUUCAGGAGAAUGAAGCAGCUCCAGAAUCUCUGCACGGCCACUUCAAAGGACCAAGAGGGCAAUGAAAGCAUAUUCCAAAAGCUACAAAUGGAGGCAGUGGCCAAGGAGCACUGGGCUCAUGAAAACUGUACCAUCUGGACUAAGGGGAUAAUUAUGGUAGCUGGAAGGCUAUAUGGACUGAAGGAAGCUGCCAACAAGUCAGCUCAAACGAGCUGUCACAAGUGCCAGAUUUCGGGAGCGUCUCUCAGCUGCUGUUGGAGAGGCUGCUCUUAUAAGUACCACUACAUCUGCGCCAAAGAGAUAGGCUGCACAUUCCACGAGGAUGAUUUUUCCAUCAAAUGCCCAAAACAUGAGGUAAGAAAAGAAAACUGUUACUAGUAAAAUAUAUGCAUAUUAAUCAUUACAGUGUUUGUUGCUGAUAUUUUACAAGGCUUGAAGAUCUUUUGGUCUUUGAAAGUCGACGCUUUGCAGCAUCGAGUUGUAGACGAUGUUACAGUGCAUUGCAAAAGUAUUCAUACGUCCUAAAAUUGUAGAUACAUUGUCACAACCGCAGUGUAUUUCAAUGAUGUUCAAAAGGUACUGCGUAAUUAUUUGUUGGAAGGGAAAUGAUUAAUGGAUUCCAGCAUUAGUUCACAAAAAGAAAGAUCUGAAAGGUUUUGUUAUGGAUUUUUGUUAACCCUCUUCCACUCUGAUACCCCAAAAUAAAAUUCACUGCAUGGAAAGAGUCCAUGAAUGAUUCAAGUCAAUGAAUAUUGUGGAAGUUUCACUUUCUUUUUUUUAAUUUUUGGAAGACAUACGUGAACAAGCAGAGCUCAUGAUUUAACUUUUCUUCUCAUGACUGCCUUCCUGUCCUACUUUUACUUUUCUAAAAGGAAAAGUGUAUACCUGUGCACAUCCAGAAUGUGAAUCGACUGGAUAUACCGCAUGCCACACGCAGUGCAGUUUACGUAGCUCAUCCUGUCCCUGUUAUUGUCGUUCAACUACAAAGGACAGAUUCAUCGUUAUCAUCCCAGACUCACUAAUUGUUAAGCAUUUCCAGCAGCCUAGACCGACCCAGCACCCUCAGACCUCCACAAUUACAACGGCUCCCUGCUUUUCUGGUGAACAUUAACAGUCUGCACCACACCUGCUUUUCCUGUGGGAUAGACACCAUCUGCUGGUGAUGAAUGGACAGUGCAGCACAGCGUGGAAGGUCAAAUGCGAGGGGGGGGGGGGUGGUUGAGAGAGGCAGAGAUGCUGACAUUCAGCAGAGAGCAGCAGUGCAUUGAGGCAGCGGUGGCACCAGGCUCACAUCCUCCCUCCCUCACCCCCCUUCUCUGCAUCUGCAUUUUCUCUUCCUCCCUCCCUCCUUUGCUCCCUUUUCCUUUCCUGCUCUCCUCUGUGCAGACUGGCAGGGAUGAAAAGCUGGCAGCUGAUCAAAACACCCCACCCACCAUCGCUGCCUGUUAUCCUCCCCACAUGCUCUCUCCACCAUUACUCUCUACUUCUUCCUCUCAUUAUUUCUCCUUCCUCCUUCUUUUUUUCCUGUUAGCCUCAUUCCGCUUCUUUGCUCCCCCGCUGCUCCGUCUCUCCCAGCGUCUCAAUCCGUUCACCUUCUGAUAUCCUAUAAGCUCCCCGAUUUGUUUUCCCCCCCACCUUCCAUCCUCCCUUCUCCCUUCCUCAAUCAGCCCCUUUCUCACCCGCUUCCUUUCUCAUCCUCUCUCCCUCUCUCUCUCCUUCUCCCUGCGCCUCCCCCUUCACCUCCACUCGCACGUCUGAGCGGCAGAGACGAAGUGUGAGAAACAGAGAGAAAAUGAGAGCAAGUCAGAGAGAGAGAGAGAGAGAGAUUGUUGUUAGCUGCGCUGAGGCAGAGCUGUCAUCAGGCUGAGGGAUCUGAGAGGCUGCACGUCUGCGCCGAGCCAAUUUAAGCUGAGCGGCCCAAUCAAAGGGAAGAGGAGACACGGAUAAACAUGCAAGCACCCCACCCAUGGGUUGCCACGUCAGAGGACUCUCUUUAUCCACACGUUCUCACUUUAAGGCGGGAUAAAAUUCACCUAAACGUAACGCUUUAAUAGCGCAUCAGCACGGGAUGAUUAGCAGGUUAGCUGUAAGCUCGCAUAUAUCCACUUUGGGUGCAAAAAUAAAAACUAAGGAACAGGGGAAACGCAGACAGUUUCACGCUGAGGCUGAGCUGGAAUAGAAAGAGCCGAAUCAGGACAGUUACAUCAGAGAGCGGCAGACUGGGAGACGUCGAGAUGGUGCAAGGAAGGAAAGGCUGCAAAAGAGGAGAGCCUUCCUGUGACGGCGAGGUGGAGAGACUAAAGGUGUAAAAAAAAAAAAAACGAAAAGAAAGUCAUGUGUUACUCCAGAGACCAGAAAGCAGAAAGAGACAGAGAGAGAACAGGAAGACCACGAGGAUGGGCAGGUGGCAGGCUGAAGCCACAAGGAGGAAAAUAAAUGGAGAACACACUGCCUUUCAAAUGUAGUAAUCCUUCUUGAUUGCUGAUUCCACGCGUUGUCACAUUUCCACCACAAACUUCAGAUCACCACAAAGUAGUGAACUGGAAGGAAAAUGAUUGUUUUCUGUGUGUAAUCUGGUGUUCUACAAAAGCCCCCAGAUUUUUGACAGAACAUUAGCAAACAAACGGCGUCAUGAAGAGCAAGUAGCACAGCAGACAGGUCAGAGAUAACAUCAUGGAGCAAUUUAAAAAUGUCCCAGUCUUUCAAGCGCUAGAUGCAAAAAUGAACCAACCAUGACUAAACGGACAGGCUGGAGAAGAGGAUAUUUAAUCAGAGAAGCAGCAGAGGCCCCUGGUAACUCUGGAGAAGGUUCAAACAUCCACAAAUAAGUAGCAAAAAAGAAAUCCUUCAAAACAAUAGGAAGUCUAUUUUUUACAGUUUGCAGUAGACCUUAUAGGAGACAUCUCAAACAUCUCCUACACUUGGGUGAGACCAAAAUGUAACUUUUUGCUUUAAAGUACAUCCAAAAAGCAGUGUGUGGCAGAAAACUACCUUGCAGGAAGACAUGGGAGUCACAGUAGCAUACUGUAAGGAUGCUUUUCUUUAGCAGAACUAGGAAAUCAUGGGAAUUUGGUAGGAGGGCGGAUGCAACUAAAUAUAAAAUAAUUCUAGAACAGAAUCUGGAAGAGACUAUAAAGAUUUGAUACUGGACGGAGGCCUUUCAGCAGGCUAACGUGGAAUACUGCCUCAGUGUUAAGAUGUGUCAAAAUUGAAUCUAGCUGAAAAUGACCAAUAAAUGUGUAUUUUAAAAAAAAUUAUAUCCUCAGAGUGACUGGGAGUUAUUUUGCAAAAAA